AUGCAAAACGUGGCAAGAUGCGCAGAACAAGGUGCGAUGAUGGCACAUUCAGGUAUUCGAGAAUGCAAAGUGACGCCGAAAGGGGGAGAAUACAUGGGAAGGAAUAACGUGACUAUUUCGGGCUUCCCAUGCAAACCGUGGCAAGAUGCGGAGAACAAGGAAGAGGAUAGAUUUGCUACUAUCAGCAUCUCAACUUUCCCGGAUGAGCACAAAGUCGAACACAACUACUGCAGGAAUCCGAAUGGAAAGCCAGGCGGUCCCUGGUGCAACAUCAAGGAUUCUGGUGGCUUAGACUUAUUAUGGGAAUAUUGCGAUGUCGUCUUCUGUGGGCCUGAUGAUCAGGAGGAAGCAUGCGAGGCAGGGAGCCAGUGCGAUCCAAGUGAUGCCCCACGAAAAUAUCCUGAAUGCCGCAUGACGGAGAUGGGGAAAGAAUAUAUGGGCACUCGAAGCCAAACAGAAUCAGGAAAAAAGUGUUUGCAUUGGAAAGAUAAACCAGAAAGCAAAGAAUUGGAUGACUUCAUGGUGUCCCAUCUCUCCAUCGAAGACGUAAGACGUGCCCCAUGGGAACGAGACUUGGAAACAUGGAAUUUUAAACUAGACUGGAACUACUGCCGGAAUCCAGGAUUCAGAAAGAGGCCCUGGUGCUUCGUCUCAUACGAGAAUCUCAGCUGGGAGUAUUGCAACAUACCCUUCUGCAAAAGUCCAAAUGGUAUGCGAAAUUUUCACCAAAGUAAUCCAAUGGAAUGCAAAUUGACGAGUAAUGGAAGAGAAUAUGCAGGGUUCACGAACGUGGCAAGGAAUGGAGAGAAGUGUCAACCUUGGCUGAGCCAAACCCCAAACAAGCAUUCAAACCUCCUUUCGCUGCCGAUGUUUCCCGAUCCUGGCAUCGAUAGCCGCCACAACUACUGUCGAAAUCCGAACAAUGUAGGAAGUGGUCCCUGGUGUUACACCGAAACCGGGACUGGUCCCCAUGAAUGCGAAAUCCCAUUCUGCUGGGACUUCCUCAGGAAAGCAGCUCUAAACGGCAAUCCGACGGUGCUAGAUCUAGACUGCCGACUGACAGAAAUGGGGAAGGAAUAUGUGGGGAUAGUGCGAGUGACGGAGAGUGGAGCACCAUGUCUCUCGUGGGAUUUUCAACCGUAUGGAAAGACUGAUGACUUCGAUACUGCGAUCUCAUAUGAGAAACAUUUCCAGUGGGGAAAUCCCUCAAAGCACCGAAACUUCUGUCGGAACCCUACAUCAAAGAAUCGACCAUGGUGUUUCGUAGACGAUCCAGAGAAGAAAUGGGAGUACUGCGACGUGCCCUUAUGUCCGAUUGCGUAG